GCGCGCGCGGGACGUGUAACGGAGUAGUCAGCAAGCAUGAGCUCGGUCAUGGCGGCGUCCCGGCGAGCAGCCGUAACGGCGGCGGGCCUCCGGCGCGCACCGGCGGCGGCGGCGGCGGCGGCGGCUGCGACACGAGGGGGGGUCAUGACGGCGGGGGCCACCAGGGGUAUGGUUUCCAACCCGGCCCUCACGGCGGCGUACAACACCGUGUGGAAGAGCAACCCGAUGUACAUCACGUACAUCAUCGGAGCCUCGGUGGUGCUCGAGUUCGUCUAUGGGAAGGUCGGAGACAGCAUUUUUAACUCCAUCAACAAGGGGAAACAAUACGACGACAUCGACUGGUCCAAGUUCGCAGAGGAGGAGGACGAGGACGAGGAAGAGGAGGAAGACGACGAGUAGAUCAGUUUUUUUUUCAAUCUAUUUCUGUGACCACACGCCGUCGUAGGAGGGAGGCGUGUGUACAGCUAUCUCGCUAGCUCCCGCCGCAAGUCUUUUGCCUGUCCAACCAGGAGAAGUGAUGGUUUGAGGGAGUUUUUUUUUUGCUGUGGGGAGGGGUAGGGCUUGAAGCCCCCCCCCCUGGG